UUAUUAAGACUUAAAAAUAAAAAUAUCAUUUUCUUUUUAUUAGCUUUAGACCAGUUUAUACGAAUAACAUCAAUUAAAAAAUUUCAAGAUUGACGAUUAAAAGGACACUUGCAUGUCGUAAAUUUUGAACAUUAGACCAGUUUCUAAUCCACAUAAUCAACAAAGAACUGAGCAGGCAAUACAUUAAAAAAGUUUCAUGACUGAACACAAAAAGGACACUAGACCAGUUUAUACCAAACAAAGAAUUUGUAAAAUAAAAUUAAGAAGAUAAUAAAUGUUAAAAAUGUCAAGACUGGGAACACAAAGACUUUUGAAUACACAUAAGCACAUCUUUGUAUGUCCUUUAGACCAGUUUAUACCAAUAUGGAAAUUUGUAAAAAAAUCAUGAAUCCGACAAAUUUAAAGACUGACGACGAAAGAACUUUUUAAUAAAAACAUAAGCCUGUCUUCCAUCUGGUAUAAACUGGUCUAAUGCAAUAGUUUAUACCAAUAAUUUAUUGCUGAUCACUCAAAAAUGAUAAAUUUAAUUGAAUGAAAAAAAUUUUCGCUUUGAAAUUAUAAGUUCUUUACCAAAAUAAAUAAAUAAAUAACGCCCGUGUCAAGGCCCCCUUAUACGCCCCUGCUUAUAACCACUACCGGCCAGAAAUACGGGUAUUAAAAGAAAAAUGAUAAAAUAAAUAAUAAAAAUAUGAACAAAAAAAAAAAAUAACAAACAAAAACAAGAAAAAAAAAGUAUGGUCAAGCCAAAACUGAAGAAAAAGAAGAAGAAAAUUCUCUUUAAACGUCUUUUGCAGCAAUGACACACAACACACUACUAUACACAACUGCAAACAACUCUCAACUCGUAACUCGUUCUUUGCCUGCUUGUAACGAACAACACAAAAAAUCCUACCAAUAAUUCAUAGUCACUACUGUUGAGUAUGUUCACCAAAUCGCAGUCAUUUGAUUAAGUGUUGUUGAUAUUUUUUUGCUUACGAAUUUAUCGAUAAGAUAAAUAAAUAUCUAUAAAAACCUAUCUAUCGAGGGGAAUUUUCUAUCUGUAUUUUGCAAUUUGCGAUUAAAUCGAAUUUUCAAGAUGCGCGCAGAAUGUCUUUACGGUCUUGAUACAACGGUUGUUAAAAAUAUUUAAUGCAACAAAAAUUUACCCAAAACAGUUUGUAUAUCUGCGCGGUCAGUGGCGUGAAAGAAAAAAAACUCUUUAUAACGGCCGCCAGCAAUUAAUUUGCCGGUAAACAUUUUUUGUUUUUGUAACAAAGAUACAUUUGUAUCUAUUGACAUUAAAUUGGUGCAAAAACGAGUUUUCUUCUUCGUCUCUUCAAAAAACUCGGUGUGGCGUAUCCCCUUCCUCAACCUCUCUGUCACUGCACCACCAUAUUUUAAGAGGUAUACCUUAGUCUAGUUGUGGUGUGCAGUUUUGUUCUACUUGCUUAACCUGUAUCUGUCCAUCUGACGAGAUGAUGGUGCUCCAUUUACCUUGCAGUUUAUUCAAUGAAAAAAAGAUAUUUCGACCAAAUUGUGCGUAUAAAUUGGAUUUAAUAUAAAUUUACUAAGUUUUUUUUUUAUUUUGUGCCGCUAAAAUUGAUUAAAAUCGCCUGGCAGUGUUGGGCGUUUUUUUUUUGUUUUGUUUACCUUCACUCUAAAAACCAUAGAUUGACGUGAGCGUGGGGUUUGUGUAUAUGUUCAAUUCAGUGAUUUUAUUGAAAAUUUCUAACAAAUUCACUAAAAGCAAAAAAAAAAAAAUUUUGUUUGUUUGCAAGAAUAUCCUACACAGUUGAAUAAUUUCAGAAAUUUCCAAUAAUUCCAGGAAAUUAUGCUCAUGCAUAUUUUUUCGAGGCGAAAUCCACGCGAAUCCCGAUGAAGACAGUUGAUUUGUUUCAUUCACUAUUUGCAUAUCGAAAUCUAAUAAAAAAUAAAAAUGAAGAUAAAAAUGUUGUGUUUCUUUGAAUAUAUCAGAUUGAUUUCAAUCUAAAAUUUAAAUUUGUUGUUGUUUUUGAAAUAAUUUAGACCUCCCUCUUCCUACUAUAAGGGUUUCUGAUGUGAGCCGGGGGGUAAAAAACACGAAAGUUUAGUAUUGUUUACAUUACGUCAUACACAAAGCACAGCUGUUGAAUAAACAAGUAUUAUAUUUUUUGUUUCUUUCGUUCGUCAAGCAAAAAAAAAAACAUGGAGUUUUUCAUUAAUAUUUUUUUUUUCUAAAAAAUUUUAUAAUCGAUUCGUGAGUUAUUGAUGGAGUGCGAUUAUAAUUUUUACUUAUUUUGAGAGGUGAAGUGUGUUUUUUGUUUUUUAAUUUUUUUUUAUCGCCGAGAAAAAACGAGUAUAACAUUGAACUUUGAUAAAUAGUUUUGAGCAUUUACGACUUAACAGUGUAGCAGAGUCGUGAGUAUCAUUGACUCUUGAGUGAGUCUUAUGACUCAUUGGAAGAUUUAUUUGAUUGAACUUUUUACACAUUUGUAUGAAAUUGACAAAUGUUUGGUAAGCUCUCUGAUGCAAAUAACUUGAAAUCAAAAUUAAGUAAGUCUACGCACGGCGUGGACGGGCCUGUAUCGUGGCGUCUAACGCUCGAUCAGGAUCUUAUCGACACGCUAAAGGGGAGUUUUCCAAGUUGGUUUACAAACAAUAACAACAACAACAACAACAACAAUAUCAACAUAAAUAAUAACCUUAUAAACAACAUCAAUAAUAAUAACAAUAACAACAACACAACAACAGUUGAUAAUUCAGUAUCAUCAUCAACGUCAUCAUUGUCGGCAUCAUCAUCACCAUCAUCGGCAGGAUCUUCUUCAUCAUCUGAAUCUUCACCAACUUGUUCUUUGAAAUCAUCAUCAUCUUCUUCAUCAUCGUCGUCAUCUUCUUCGUCAUCAUCAUCAUCGUCUUCCUGUACAAAAGCAACAAAAUUAUCUAAAAAGGCAUUAUCAUCGGCCAUUAUUAAUAAGUGCAACAAUAAUAUCUCAAAGAAUUAUAAUAAAUAUAAUAAAAUAACAGAAUUAUCUUUGGCUGAUAUAACGUCGGAUUCAUCUUGCAACGGUUUGCUGGAACAUUUAUCGAAAAAUCUCGAUAGAUCAUAUUUGCAGGAUUCAAUCCUAUUGCACGACACAUUCGACGAUAUGUCCGAAGGUGAUCGCCUAUGCAAUCCGUCACUGUUUGGAAGUGAUGAUGGUACAAAUUCUGAUUUCUAUGAUUCAAGACAAUCACCGCCAAAAGCGAUCGUUGAUUCCAGUCCAUUGCAACCAGCGAUGGACAAAAAUAAAGAAUCGCUCAAAGUCAAGUUAAUGGUGCGAAGGCCCAUAACCCAACUGGUAGAGCAAGGAAUAAUUCCACCGCUCAAAACCUCACCAGCUAUACACGAACAAUGCAAGCAACUCGAACGUGCCAAAACUGGAGAUCUACUCAAAGCAAAAAUCCAACAGCGCCCCAAUCGCGAAGAGCUCGAGCGUCGUCACAUCUUGGAAGAAGAUGAAUGUCACAUUGAUCCAAGUCUUGCUGAAAAGCAACGUAUGCUCAAGAAAGCCCGUCUAGCUGAUCAAUUGAAUUCCCAAAUUCAGCAUCGACCCGGUCCAUUGGAACUAAUCAAAAAGAACAUACUCCACACUGAAAAGCCAAUUGAAAAAAUCGUCAAAGAAGGUUUGGUGUCAUUCAAAGCAACAAGCGAAGGUUUGCUAACAAGACCGCAACAUCCCAAUAGUUAUAUUACAUUCGAAGAUGACUCACAGAGUUCGGAAAGUGAUACACGCAACACUCCACCACGAACAACAACCGAUGUGCUUGAAGCAGCUGCUGCUUCGGCUGGCAUUGUUACAGUCGCCCUUACAAUUCCAACAAGUGGUGGGCAAGUUGUUGUCACAUCGGCACCGAUUCUUCAGACCAAAUUCCACACAACAUUGGCACCCUAUGUUCCUCCACCGCCGCCAUUGCCCACACGAGUGAAGCAAGAGACAGCAAAUCUCUUCGAAGAGCUUUGUCAGUCGGUAGCUGGGCCAAGUCCGAGUCCAGGUUAUUUGCCAUUGGCUCAUUCACCACUGUCGUUUGGUUCUAGUGCUUCAACGCUAAGUCCACUUUCGUCGGUGGCUUCUCCACCACAUUCGAUAACCCCAAGACCGACCAUAGCUUCACCAGCAUUGUCGCUUCAACAAUCGCAGAAAUCCGAUGCUCCGGGCAAGGACAAAAAUCGCAAGAAAAACAAAUCAAAGCCAGUUUCAAAGGCGAGAACAAUCAAAUUCCACGAGUACAAAGGACCACCGAGUGCUCAGAAGAUUUCAUCAUCCUCAGAAUCUAGUGCCACAGAAGAGACAUCUUACCAACUCAUGUUGGAACAGCAAAAUUGUUUGCUGAAAUUUCUGGAACAUCUCAAUAAAAAUCAGUCAAUAAUCCCUUCGACCACUGGUGCUCCCACCCCCAAAGUUGCUACAAUGACAACGCAGCAAUCGACUGUGAGUAGCAGUGAUGUCAGCACGUCAAGUUCCAUGUCCAUGUCGGCGGGAACUCCUCGUCCUCCACCAUUGCCAUCUCCAGCUUUAUCUGUGAGCUCGUCGAUUCCACCAAGUCCGGCAACAAGUUAUGCCGAAUCGACUUGUUCGCUGAGUGAAAACACUCGACUUGAGAAAAUGAAGGUUUCUGAUCUGAAAAUGCAUCUUAAGCGACGAAAUCUUCCUGUUUCUGGACCUAAGCCACAGCUCAUUGAACGUCUGAGACCGUAUUUGCCUUUUGACUCAAUGGAUUGCACCCCAGCGUCGAAUUCGGAAAUGCCGCCUUCCGUUGUGAGUAAUGAGACAUGUGAUGCUCCAGACACUACAGUGGCCAUGAUGGUGAAUUCACCUCGUCAAUCCAUGUCGCCAGAGGCAGUAAACGAUCAUCAAGAGCACAUGGAAGUCAUGCAACAGAUGGAUUCACCAAGACCUGUUGCCAUGCAGGUGCAACCACAAACUCAAACUACAACCUUCCUGACAUUGUCCAAUGAGGACCUCUUGCGGGAACAACAGCGGAAGAUCGAUGAACUCCAGAGGCAGUUGCAGCUCAGUCAGCAAGAGUUGCAACAAAUCCGUCAGAAUCAGCUUGGUUUAGCGCCUCCUCAACAGAUCACCCUAAUAACCACUGCUCCAAAAGAGAUUAUUGUUCCUCAACAACAACAGCCCCAACAACAGCAACAGGUGAUUAAAAUUCAACAGCAGCCCAUUCAGCAACAGCCAGUGGUUUCAAGCACGAUUCAGGCCAAGGCCGCAUCAGCUCCACCCGCACCGCUAAGUCAGAAAAUGGUUGUAAAACAGCAGCUUGAAGCUAAAAUCCAGAAGCAAAAACAAGCUGCUGCUGCAGCAGCUCAAGCCCAAGCUCAGGCUCAGCUUCAGGCCCAAGCACAGGCCCAAGCUCAAGCCCAGGCGCAAACUCUUAUUCGCAUGCAAAAGGCUAUGUCAACCCCGACACAUCACACAGUUAUCAUCCCGAAGCUGGAAGAUCAAAAGACAAUCAUUGCUACUGCCCCAGCCUCAUCUAUAGCUGGAGCACACCAUCAUAAAGGUCAGAAUAAUGUUGGCUUAAUGUGGAACGACGGCAAUCAGACCAUCUUCCUUGUUGGACUUCCUCCACAUGACAAUGGAAAGAAGCUAAUGAAUGGUCACCAUCGAACCACAUCCCUGCCCAGCAUUGUAUUCCCAAUAACUCCCGCAGAGCAGCAAAUAAUUGAGGCCAAACGUCAGCAAAUGCAGCCAAGAAUCCAAUUGGAUAUAAAACCACAAAACCUACCCCCACCGCCGCUGUACGAAGAGGCAACUAAGCAACUCUGCACAGUUAAAAUUAAGGAAGAAAUCAUAGAACAACCACAACAAAGAAAUGGCAUAAAUCCAACUCUGGUCACAGCAGUUCCCUCUUCCAAGCGCAAACAACAUGUGAAAUCGGAAAAACUUACCGAUGUCCUCGAUAUUCUUAUCAAUCAGGGUGAACUACCCGAGAGCGCUAGAGAACCACUCACUCCAAUAACUCCACUCACGCCCGGCGGCAGCAGCAUCAUGACCGACAUGAGUGGCAAUCUGAUCAUUUCACCUGCUCCACCUGCACCUCCACCAGUUACAGUGACAACAAUGGACACAACACUUGCAACAACUGCAUCUCCAUCUUUCCAACUUCUUAACACUCCAGCUCCACCACCACCUCCGCCGCCACCAGCUCCAACGCUACAAUCUCCCCAGCCUCCGCUCUUGCUGGAGAACAUAGAAAUGUCUUCGCCAAUGCAAUCGAAUUGCCAUAUAGACCCGGCAAAGACACUGGACAUAUUCCUGGAGCAACAGCACCAGCACCAGUCCUCGCCCACAUUGCAUCAAGAAAAAUCAUCACCCGAUGAUCGCGACAACAAAUUGAAUCACUUCGAUGAAUUCGAAUUGCUCGAGCUCAUGAGUCAACAGCUGGAAAUGGAUAUUGGUGGUGACGACAAUUGCCACAAUUUUCCAGACCUACAGCAGCAGCAACAUGCACAACAGCAGCAGGACACAUCCCAAAAUAAACAAUCAAUAUCACCGCCAAUGCGACGUGACAUGAAUCCCUCGCUCCAACCAUCCAUCAGUGAGCUCAUCCAGCAGCAGCAAAGCACUUCCAUCAGCAACAAUAAUUCCAACCUCCCCAUGACCAAUGGCUUGGUGCACCAUCAGCACCACCAUCACCACCACAACCAUCACCUCCAUCAUCAACAUCAUCCACAACAGCAGCAUCAGCAGCAUCAUCCAUUGCAACAUCACAGUGUCAAUAAUAAUCCUGGCGAAUCGUCCUCGUCCAGUUUUGCGUCGUCAAACAAUAAUUUCUCAUCGACGCCAAUGGACGUGUGCGAUGACUUUGACAAUCCUUUGGCAAGUUUCAGUUUCAGUUCGCAGCUAUCGCCUGACUCAAAUAUAAACACUCCGCCACAUCAUCCAUUUGGCGAAGAGGGUGGUAUUAUAUCUGUUGGUGGUGCUAAUAGUGGUGAUAGUACAGUCGGUGGUGGUGGUGGUAGUGGUGGGAACAAUAGUUGUGGUCUCAUGUCAUCAUCAUCCCAUUCCGGCUCGUCGCCCUCGGGGCACAAUAAUUCGAUUUUGGAACAAAUGUCAGUUUGUGGCAACAAUAUUGGUGGUCAGAAUCAAGGUGCUUCAAUGAUGGAUAACUCGGAUAAUUUCGGAGACAGCCACUUGUCGCCAAUAAAUCAGGACAACAUUUUGGAUCUUUUCAAUAUUGACGAUUACAAGAUGUCCUGGGGUGAAGGAGAUUUUGCUGUCUAAACGAAAAGCAAAAACAACAACAUCAUGUUGUCUUGAGAGAAGAAGAGAAAAGAGAAGAGACGUGCAUUUAUUAUUAUAAAUGAUGUGUGAACGCGAUUUAGUAGCUACCCUUGGGGCAAAAAACAAGGAGGUUUUACUCCUUAAAAUAAUAUUUUUUUUUUUAACUUUGAAUGUAUGGUUUAUAUUUGAAAAUGAAAAUGUAAAAAAAAAAACAUGAAAAGAAAAUGUCAGAGUAAUGAAAUAAAAAAACAAAAAAGAAUUUAAACAAAAAAAAAAAAAAACGUAAAAUUAGACCAUUCCAAUGAAAUUCUUAAGAAAAAACAAAAACA